UCUUUAUACGUUCCCUUUCCCUUUUGAUAAUGGCUUUCAGUCUUCAAAUGGCAACAGCACGAAGCAGAGCGGGAACGCGUCAUUCCUUUACUCAGCUCAGUUCUCUCUCUAGGGCUUUUCUCUCUCUACAGCACUCAUUUCUUUUAUAAGAUCUCCAGUUGCGUUGCGUUCAUCUGACGCUUCGUCUGCCUGUUCGAGAUCCGCGCAGUUUAUUACACCUUCACGCCGACGUUUUCAUCUGAUUGUCACAGGUACGCUUCAUUUUUCCGGGGGAGAAGUUUCAUAGCUUUGUUUUGAAGAUUAGUUAUGGAUCCAACGACUGAGGCACCAAACGGGUCCCCUGUUGUCCAGAAGUCAUCACAUUCGCCUCUUAAUGAGAGGAUUCUUUCUUCUCUCAGUAGGAAAACUGUUGCAGCUCAUCCCUGGCACGAUCUUGAGAUAGGCCCUGGUGCACCAAUAAUUUUCAACUGUGUGGUAGAGAUAAGUAAGGGAAGCAAGGUGAAAUAUGAGCUUGACAAAGACACUGGUCUAAUCAAGGUUGAUCGGGUUCUUUACUCAUCUGUUGUAUACCCACAUAAUUAUGGCUUCAUCCCGCGUACUAUAUGUGAAGACAGUGACCCUAUCGAUGUUCUAGUCAUUAUGCAGGAGCCAGUUGUUCCUGGCUGCUUUCUCAGAGCUAAAGCAAUAGGGCUGAUGCCAAUGAUAGAUCAGGGUGAGAAAGAUGACAAGAUAAUUGCUGUCUGUGCUGAUGACCCUGAAUAUCGGCACUACACAGAUAUCAAAGAGCUUCCACCUCAUCGAUUAGCUGAGAUUCGCCGAUUUUUCGAAGAUUACAAGAAAAACGAAAACAAAGAUGUUGCAGUUGAUGAAUUUCUUCCAGCUUCCAAGGCCUAUGAAGCCAUCCAGGAUUCCAUGAAUUUGUAUGGGGAAUACAUAAUGGAGAGCUUGAGACGGUAAGCAUGAUCUAGCCAAUGCAGGUAAUGAGUGGAGCCCCACAGUUCUGAGCUUUAGUGUUGAAAGAAAAUAUACAACGGUUAAUUUGCUUAUAUUCACAGUAUCCUAAUAUGAUGGCGAUCAAUGUUACUUGAUAAUACAGUUGCUAUGUUGUUUUCAGCUAAAAUUUGUAAAACCAACUAUUUGCAGGCUGCUUCUUGUUGAUGCUAUCCAUUAUUUUCCAAACAUUCCAGAUUAUAUCUGUAUACUCGCCAUUGCUGUUAAGUAUAGAUAAUUGUUUAGUUGAGAAACUAUUAAUUAUCAAAAUAUACAUAGAAAUAGAGCUAUUAAUGAGUCGAAUUUAAUAGAAAUUUCAGUAUU